AUGGCCACACGAGGAAAGCGACCGUCAUUUGAGCAACUGCCUCUACACCCGGAUGACCCUCCAUUCUCUGCAUGGGGGCUCUACGGACCCGAAGAUAAUCUCGGUACUCUUAACAUGAUCGUUCCUGAGACAGUGGUAGAAGCCGCAAAGGAAAUCAAAACUGGUGUUCGCAUCGGGCUUGAUUUACCUAUGGAUUUCCUUGCUCGACCUUCGCACAAUCGUCUUCGACUCACGCACACACUUGUCCGCAAAGAUCCGCGCCUUGUACACGACGAUUGCGUAUCUUUCAAUACCCAGAUUUCAAACCAGUGGGACGGCUUUAGGCAUUAUGGCUACCAAAAAGAACGAAUUUUUUACGGCGGCGUAAAGACCGAAGAAAUUUCCUGGCCUGGUAUCUCAAACGAAACUGGGGAGAGGGCAUGGUAUCAGGGGCCAUCUAUGACUCCUAGACUGGGCAUACACCAUUGGUGCAGACAAGGUAUCAUGGGUCGAGGGGUGCUGCUAGACUAUCUGCGGUGGGCUCAAGCAAACGGGAAAGGCUACGAUCUGAUGGGCGACCACGCUAUCUCGGUAGACGACUUGCAGGCAUGUGCAGACGCUGAAAAUGUUGAGCUGAGAAUUGGCGACAUUCUGUUUGUACGCUCAGGGUGGACAGUGGGAUACACUGCGCUUACCGAAGAUGAAAAAGUCCGAUAUAGCUAUGCGGAGCCUACUGUACUGGUAGGGCUCGAAACAUCUGUCAAGACAGCCAAGUGGUUGUGGGACGGAAGCUUUAGUGCCUGUGGAGGAGAUUCUCCCGGAUGGGAAAAAUGGCCAGCUCUUCCAGGAGAGGGUGAAGUUGGGGGCAUUGGCAAAUACCGGCUGCACGAAGUGCUCUUGAAUGGAUGGGGGAUGCCAAUUGCGGAAAUGCUCGACCUCGAAGACCUGAGUAAGGAGUGUGAAAGACUGAACAGGUGGAGCUUCUUCUUCGGUUCUAUGCCAAACAAUAUAGUGGGGGGUGUAGCAAGUCCUUGUAAUGCAUUUGCUGUCAUGUAG